AUGAUGGAGGAGCUGAAGAGGAACGUGAAGGAGAGGGUGAUGGCUGGAGAAAGAAAGCAUCUGAACAGGUUGCUGGGUAACGUUAGAGAAUGUAGUAAUAGGAGGAAGAACAGCAACAACAACAGGUUCUUGAUUAGCGUCACGGUUCCUGGUAGCUUCGGGCCGAUUAGGUUUCUUGCGAACCACGGCGACACCGUGCUGGCCGUAAUCCGCGGCGCCCUGAAGCGUUACGCUCGAGAAGGCCGGUUCCCUGCCAUUGGUUCCAACCCCCAUGACUUCCUUCUCUACCGCGCCUACACUGGUUUCGAUGCACUGAAUCCGGGGGAAGAGAUUGGAGAGUGCGGGGGGUGGGAUUUCUUGCUGUGCAAGAAACAGUGGCCGGAAAUGGGGAAGGUUGAAAUAGUUGGUGAAGGCAGGGGAGGAGGUAGCAAUUGUUGUAAGGAGUGGAUGUUUCAUUCGUUGAUUAGGAAGAUCUGGAAGGUUCCGACGACGACGAGCCGCGUCGGGAUGCAGGAGGAGGAAGCUGCUGCUGGUGGUGGGACAGCUUUGCUGAUGAAGAUGGUGAAUGAUCCUGCAGCCUGGAUCCAGGCUAAUGGAGUUGAUCAGAAGCACUGCAAUUCCCCUGCCCAAGUUUGGUCCUAA